UGAGCCUUGAGGUUUCUUCAUAAAGAUUAAAGAUUUAUGUUGCAAUUUGAUAAUUAUGUUGUGUUAACUGAUAUUAAUUAAUACAUUUGUGAAAUAUGAACACAUUGUUAAUAUAAUCAGAAGCAAAGAAUAAUAAUAUAUUUACUCUAACGAUCAGGAAGUCGGAUUUGAUCAGAUAAUUUCAACAUAAUUCUUAUAAAUGUCCUCCUCGGGCCUCGACUAACAAUAAUAAUUAACAAAUAACUUUAAAGAGCCAUAGCUAGAGCUGUUGGCUGUAGCUCCAAGUUUUUUUGAUUUGGUAUUGACUAUUGACUAUCGAUUGCUGUUUACUGAGAAAUGUGAAUAAAUUUUGUAAAAUCAGUGACAAAAUGUUUUCUCUGAAUGAUCAUCUGGAACUUAGAAGAGUGACUGUAUCUAGUCUCGUAACUUGUGUUUAUUUACCUAGUAUUAUUACUGUCAUAUCAUAUAAGGGGUUACUAUAUUCCGUUGGAAAGGCUUCAUCUUUCUAUAUUUUAGCACUGAUAUUUGUAGCUGAACUGUUGAAGUCGUUUUACCUUAAUUCUCAGAAUGACAUCCAACAAAAGAAAAGUAAAGGAAAAACAAAAACGGGAGAUCUAGUGAAGGCAUUUUGUUUUCUAUUAGGAAUCACUUUCUGUUUUUUUAUUGGAAUUAUUCUAUUUGGUGCACCAUUUCUGGAUAAUCAUGAGGAGACAUUGAUGCUGUCUUGUUUAUUGACACUGCUUGCUGUGUUUCCAUUAGUGGCUCAUAUAGGAGUAGAGAUGGCUAUGCAACUCUUAUUUGGUGUCAAAAGUUUUACAAGAGACACAAUAAUUGCUAUGUUAGUGAACAAUGCUGUGUUUACCCUAUGUGGAGCUUGGUUGGGUGCUGUAGUAAUACCUCUGGAUUGGAAUACUCCAUGGCAAGUUUGGCCGAUACCCUGCUACCUGGGAGCAGUUGGUGGAUAUCUACUUGCAAAUGUACUAACAGUAUUAAAAGUGUCACUGAUGUCUGCAUCCACCAAAUACAAAUAUUUAAACUUCUUUGUGAACAUUUUGAAUAAAUUUCACAUUUCUAAAUAGUUAUUCUUUAUAUCUGUUAUUUUCAUGAAAUAAAAUUGUUACCAAAGCUCAAAAAUAA